CAAACAUAAGCGAGCAACGUGCUAAAAUUGAGCCGGUGGAGCAAAGAAAGUUGUUUUCAGGACAGUUUCACAAUUCCGAGGAAAAACAACGGCAAGCAGCAGCUUCACGGCACCGCUCAUUAGGUGAUCCGCGUGUCCAGCCAUUAACGGCGCGCCUAUUGCUUGCAGUGGCUUGCGCAAUCAGAUUGCACCGGUUCCGGCGUCCGAUUUCGGUUCGGAUAAAAGGAGCUCGAAAAUGAUCCGCGGAGCGGUGCAGGGUUGCUGGUCGGGCCGUUCGCUCUACUCGUCGCUGGCCGCAACGAAGGGACUACCAAAGCUGGAUGAUUUCCGGACGAUUGAGCAGGACCCCGACCGACACGGCCGCACCACCGUCGGUCGGUUCUACACGAUACCGAACGACGUGCGUAAGCAACUCUUUAGCCACGGGGGUCUCCCGAAAAACUUUGAAAAACAGAUCAAAACGUUCAACGAAUGCUGCCUGAUGGUCCGCCGGCCGGCACUGGAAAUUAUGGAGCACCUCCGGCGGACCGACUUUGGACGGCCCGUCAAUCGGUUCGUGCUGUACGGCGAGGAUGGGGCGGGCAAGUCGCUCUGUUUGGCACACCUGCUGCACUACGGCCACCAGCAGCAGUACGUCCUCGUGCACGUACCGUGGCUGCCGAACUGGCUGAAGCGCCCCAAGGAGACGGCCAACUCGAGUACCACCGAAGGGUCGCUUGAUCUGCCCCUCGACGGAGCGGCCUGGCUGGUGCAUUUCAAAAACCAAAAUGGUCCGCUCCUCGACCGACUCGCGCUGACCGUGAGCCGGGACUACGUGUGGACGAAGCGCGAGACGACACCGGCCGGCGCCCCGCUCCUGACGCUCAUCGAGCACGGCAUCAAUCGGGCUAAGUUUUCGUGCGACGUGAUCGCCGGCCUACUGAAGGAGCUGAAGCAACACUCGACAGCGGGUCGCGCCCGCACGAUGGUGGUGAUCGAUGGGUAUAAUGCGCUGUUCCAUCCGCACACGCGCAUAUUGACCGAAAACAAGGUUCGCCUCACGCCCGAUCGUAUCACGCUGACCACACCGUUCGUGGACAUCACACGUAACGAUUGGACAAACGGAGUGUGCGUGCUGGCAGUGGACCGACUCGCCCUCACCGAGGACCGGAUGGCCUCUUGUUUGCCGCUGUACCUGCUGUACCGCGAAGGCUUCGAGCAUCUGGACCCGAUGGUUCCGGUGCGUGUUGAUGGAUACGAUGACACCGAAUUUCACAGCUGCAUCCAGUACUACCUCGAUCGGAAGUGGAUCCAAAGCACGGAGCAGCCCGGCUUCGAUGUGGAGCUAAAAAUGCUGAGCUGCCAGAAUCCCUACCAGUUGAUGCAGUUAUGCGCCUCGCUGUGAGCGCGGAGAAAGAACCGUGAAAGCAACCACUUUUAGGAAAGUAAAUAAAGCCGAUGUUAGACUGACCGAA